CUGUCUUUCUGCUUUCUCUCUGGAACCCAAAACAACAUUAUGGCGAGCGGCGAUCGUACCGUUUUGCAAUUCAGCACGCAGUCGACGUCGAAUCUUUCGGCGAAAGUUCACCCUCUCGUCAUCUUUAAUAUCUGCGAUUGCUACGUCAGGCGUCCCGACCAAGCCGAGCGCGUAAUCGGUACGCUCCUUGGUUCCGUCCUUUCUGAUGGCACUGUUGAUAUACGUAACUCCUAUGCCGUUCCUCACACCGAAUCCGCCGAGCAGGUUGCUUUAGACAUUGAAUACCAUCAUAAUAUGUUAGUCUCCCACCAAAAAGUGAAUCCAAAAGAAGUCAUUGUUGGAUGGUAUUCUACUGGUCUUGGAGUUACAGGCGGUAGUGCCUUGAUCCACGAUUUUUAUUCUAGGGAAGUUCCUAACCCUGUUCAUCUGACGGUGGAUACGGGAUUUAGGAAUGGAGAAGGUACUAUAAAGGCCUAUGUUUCAGUCAAUUUAGCUCUUGGAGACAGUCAACUUGCUGCUCAAUUCCAAGAAGUUCCUCUUGAUCUACGCAUGGUCGAAGCUGAGCGACUUGGAUUUGACAUCCUUAAGACAACAUCGGUCGACAAACUGCCAACUGAUUUGGAAGGAAUGGAAGUCACAAUGCAAAGACUUUUGGCUUUAAUAGAUGAUAUCUACAAAUACGUUGAUGAUGUUGUGGAAGGGCGUGUUGCAGCGGAUAAUAGCAUCGGCAGAUUUAUAUCGGAUACAGUAGCAGCUUUACCUAAACUAUCGCCUCCAGCUUUUGAUAAGCUUGUUAAUGAUAGCCUUCAGGAUCAGUUGCUAUUAUUAUAUUUGUCGAGCAUUACUAGGACACAACUUGCACUAGCAGAAAAGUUGAACACAGCUGCUCAGAUCCUCUGACUUUGGUCUGAACCCAUAAAUUCCCUUUUUGUAGGCUAAUUGUACUGUGUUGAUUGUCGCAAGUUUUCACACCAUAUUUAAUUCUUCUCUUGAACUAUUUAUUCUUAUCAGCGAGGUUGAAUGAAAUCUCUUUAAUCUGCUUUUAUUUA